GGUGAUCUGUUAUUGUGGACUGGAGAUACACUUGGUAGCAACUAUGUCAGUGGUUUCAAGGAAGGUGUUGGAGGAGCAUUGCGAAUUUGUAGGCAUUGUAUGGGAACAAGACUGGAGACCAACAAUAAGUUUUUAUCUGAAGACUUUUCAGAAAGAGAUUUGGAUAAUCACAGACAAAUAUGUGCAUGUAUUGAAGAUGAAGAUAAUGCAUUAAACAUCCGUGAACAACUUUCCACAACCUAUGGGGUAAACAGAUUAAGUGUGUUGGAUAAGGUGCAACAUUUUGAUGUUUGCAUUUGCAUGCCUGAAGAUAUAAUGCAUAUAUUGUUGGAAGGCUUGGUACCCUAUGAAACAAAGUUGAUGCUGAAGUAUCUGAUUGAUGAAAGCAGAUGUAUCACACUCAAAGAGUUAAAUCGGAGGAUGGAAAACUUUGAUUAUGGAUACAUGAACAAAAAGAAUAAGCCAACUGCAAUUACCAGGGAAACAAUCAAUGGUGUCACUGAAGCUAAGCUUAAACAAUCAGCAUCUCAAAUGUGGUGUUUAUUCAGGUUCUUGCCAAUCAUGAUUGGUGAUAAAGUGGAUGAGCAACUGGAAAACUGGCAUUGUUUGCUGAAACUUUGGAAUAUUGUUCAAAUUUGUACUUCUCCAGGAAUAACAAAGGCUGAUGCUGCCUAUUUGAAAGUUAUGAUUAAUGAUCAUCACAAAAUGUUCAAAAAUCUCU